AGCUUCCAGCACGGCUUGGCCUCUCUCUCUCUCUCUGUCUGCCAACCCGACUGCUGUCUCAGCCUCACCUCCCUCCCGGGCACCAUGACCACCUGCAGCCGCCAGUUCACCUCCUCCAGCUCCAUGAAGGGCUCCUGCGGCAUCGGCGGUGGCAUCGGAGGCGGCUCCAGCCGCAUCUCCUCCGUCCUGGCCCCCAGCGCCUACGGGGGCCUGUCGGUCACCUCCUCCCGCUUCUCCUCCGGGGGAGCCUGCGGGCUGGGGGGUGGCUAUGGCGGUGGCUUUAGUAGCAGCAGCAGCUUUGGUGGAGGAUACGGUGGUGGCCUUGGGGCUGGCCUUGGCGGUGGCUUUGGUGCUGGCCUAGGUGGUGGCUUUGGUGGUAGCUUUGGCGGUGGCUUCGGCGGUGGCGAUGGACUCCUGGUGGGCAGCGAGAAGGUGACCAUGCAGAACCUCAACGACCGCCUGGCCUCCUACCUGGACAAGGUGCGGGCCCUGGAGGAGGCCAACGCCGACCUGGAGGUGAAGAUCCGAGACUGGUACCAGCGGCAGCGGCCUGCUGAGACCAAAGACUACAGCCCCUACUUCAAGACCAUUGAGGACCUGAGGAACAAGAUCCUCACGGCUACUGUGGACAAUGCCAACGUCCUCCUGCAGAUCGACAAUGCCCGCCUGGCCGCGGAUGACUUCCGUACCAAGUACGAGACGGAGCUGAACCUGCGCAUGAGCGUGGAGGCCGACAUCAACGGGCUGCGCAGGGUGCUGGACGAGCUGACCCUGUCCAGGGCCGACCUGGAGAUGCAGAUCGAGAGCCUGAAGGAGGAGCUGGCCUACCUGAAGAAGAAUCACGAGGAGGAGAUGCUGUCCCUGCGCGGCCAGGUGAGCGGCGACGUCAACGUGGAGAUGGACGCGGCCCCCGGCGUGGACCUGAGCCGCAUCCUGAACGAGAUGCGCGACCAGUACGAGAAGAUGGCGGAGAAGAACCGCAGGGAGGCCGAGGAGUGGUUCUUCAGCAAGACCGAGGAGCUGAACCGCGAGGUGGCCACGAACACCGAGGCCCUGCAGAGCGGCAAGAGCGAGAUCUCCGAGCUGCGCCGCUCCGUGCAGAACCUGGAGAUCGAGCUGCAGUCCCAGCUCAGCAUGAAAGCAUCCUUGGAGAACAGCCUGGAGGAGACCAAGGGCCGCUACUGCAUGCAGCUGUCGCAGAUCCAGGAAAUGAUCGGCAGCGUGGAGGAGCAGCUGGCACAGCUGCGCUGCGAGAUGGAGCAGCAGAACCAGGAGUACAAGAUCCUGCUGGACGUGAAGACGCGGCUGGAGCAGGAGAUCGCCACCUACCGCCGCCUGCUGGAGGGCGAGGACGCCCACCUCUCCUCAGCCCAGUUUUCCUCUGGCUCCCAGUCGUCCAGAGAUGUGACCUCCUCCAGCCGCCAGAUCCGCACCAAGGUGGUGGACGUGCACGACGGGAAGGUGGUGUCCUCCCACGAGCAGGUCCUGCGCACCAAGAACUAGGGCUGCUCGGCAC